CUGUGCCUCCCCCGCGAGUCUCUCUCUCUCUCUCUCUCUCACACACACACACACUCGGGCACCACCAUCAUCAGUUCCCAGCACGUAACCGUGGAGGGUGGUCGGGAUGUGCGGCAGCAGCGGUGCUUAAGCCUCAGUAUCGCUUUGCACUCUGUUGCGAGAACGUGUUUAUCAGGAGAGGCGCUCAUACGAGACACGCGCUGGCUGUUCUUGAAAAACGUUUUUAUCUGUGUUGGGGGGAACGUUUUAUUUUCCCCCGAAAGGAAAUCUGUGCUCAAUUUACUUAAACGUUAGACGUCUCUGCCACACUGUUAAAAUAUAUGGACUAUCUACUACUUAGUCUUUUUUCUUUUCGCCGAUAGUCGAAAUUUUCGCAACGAUUGGAGUUCGAGUUUUCAACGUGUGUGUGUCUCUGAAAGAACUAAGUGGGACUUUAAAAUCCUUUCAUUCCGAGGAUGUAUAAAGUUGUGGGUUGAUUUAUAUGAAAGGAAUUUCAUUCCUGACCCAAACUCCAAACAAGUGCAUUUUAUAGAAAAAAAAACUUUAUAGAUUGUGUGGAGUAUCAAACUCAAAUCUCGCGGGAUUUCAUCUCGGGAGCCCUAAACAACGAAGACGAUUCUCACAAGUUAUUCACCAAAACGCUGGAAUACUACUACAUUCUCUUCGUCUCCCAGGAUCUUGCUCAAACAAAAUACAGGCAUUCAUGUUGUGCAAGGAUGAUGCGACGGUAACAAUGCGGACGAGCGAAGUCAUGAACCAGGCAGCAGCAGCAGCAACGGCAGGCCUGGGUUCAGGUCUGCUGGCUCUGGGAGGAGCCAUGACCACCACAUCAUCCCCUAACGCCAAGGGCACAACAGCUGCGGGAGUCUCUCCUGUGCUGUCGUUCGACCUGACUGCCUACACCCAGAUCUUGCAGCAAAUGGCGGCCAAAAUAUACCCGUACGACCCGGCGUCCGUGGCCGCCUCGUUAGCUGUUCUGAAUCCAACAUCUCAUCUGCCGUUAGCCCUCACUGCUCCCCACGCUCUCGCUCUCACCACCAAAACCUCCUCAAUAGGAAGUGGCAAGUUGUCUGCUGCCGACGAUACACCAACCAGCACAGACAGUGACAGCUCUUGGCAGAAUAAUGUCAAGAGUGAACCAGCUGCCAAGGAAGAAGAAUGUGAAACUGCACUUGACCUAAGGACACAAGGCCUGAAGUCCCUCUACUCAUCCUACCGACGUGCCACCCUUGAUGACAUCAAACCGAAGGUAGUGGAAGAUAUAUGGAUUGAAAACGACAUCAGACUCACGUGGACAGAAUCAAAAGUAGCGGCAUACAAUCCAGCCCAAAAACUAUUCAUGUGUGUCGAUUGUGAGUGUGUUGGGUUUCUGUCUAGAGUAGCAGAGCAUUGGUUAGGUGCCCACGCUAACCUGAGGGUGUUCUCUUGCCCCAGAUGCCCAUACACAUCUGCUUGGUCACGCUGUGUAAAGAUGCAUCUCACAAGACAACACAAUGAACAGUUUGCAGACACUACAAUGUGGAAGGAGAAUUCAACUCUCAUGGAGGUGACUCGUCUGAUGCAAGAGCUUCGUAACAAAGUAGAAAACAGAAUAGACUCUAGCAACACAUUAGCAGACAAGCGUUUUUACUGCCCUCACUGUCCUUAUGCCACUGACAGACGGGACCUCUACACCCGUCAUGAAAAUAUUCACAAAGAUGACAAACCUUUUCAUUGCUACUUGUGUUUCAAACAGUUCAACCGUGCAGACCACGUCAAAAAACACUUUGUGAGGAUGCAUCCCGAGACCGAGUAUGAAAUAUCCAAAAUCCGCAAACAGCCAGGAACAGGAAGAGUUGCUGCGCGAUCCCCUCCUUCCCCAGUGGCAUCACUCCCAACAGAAGCUCCUCAACCACCUAGAGCUGUGACACCAGUAGCAGCCCCACCUCCAGUUGUUGUAGUACCUCCAGUACCGUCUCCCCCAACUGCUACUCCAGCAGUAUCUGUGUCUGAUGUGGCAACAGCUAUGAGUGCUCCUUCCACUCCUGAAGAAUGCAAUCCACCAUCUCCUGCGGGAGUAAUAACUAUGGGCUUAAGUCUGAAUGUUAUAACUGGAAAUGAAAGCCCAGAUGUUGGUCGUGGACGAAGGCGAGGAGAUCGAGCAUACACUUGCCCCUACUGCCACUGGUCAGGAAGUGACAAUUGGUGCCUCAAGCGACAUAUGAAUACACACAUAAAGCCAUUUGCAUGUGUUAUGUGUGACUACAAAGCUGCCAGGGCUGAACGGCUGUCCACUCACGUGUGGAAAGUUCAUAACAAGAGAAUCUGUAACAAGUGCAAUUUUCUUGCUGACACCCAAGAACGUCUGCUGGAGCAUACCCGUGAAGAACAUCACAACAACCCUUACUCCAGACGGUACAUCUGUUCUUCGUGUGGUCUCACUUUUGACACCCGUCCUGCACUCGAGACUCACCAGCAUCUGAGCCACCCAAGAAUAACCCGCACCACCACCAUCCCAUCCACCACACCAGCUGUGCAGGAAACAGCACACGACUUAUCUAUGAAAACAGAAAUUAGGUCUGAACCUUCACCACCUUCCUCACCGUUGAUAUGCCCAGUGAAUGGUUGUAGUCAGACCCUAAGUGGUGGUGGGGCCUUGGCUGAACAUGUGCGCAGUGAUCAUGGUGGAAGUGGUGCCUCUUGCUGUCCACACUGUGGUUACCAGUUGACACAUGAUGAGCUGUCAAGAGAUCAUUGGCUCACACACCACAAGGAAGUAUGUGCUGCAUGUGUACAUGUGUUUACCGCUGUGUAUGGUCCUCAACUCUGGAAAAAGGUACACGUACGCCCAAGUUCUCUGGAGAGUCCCCUGGAUGCCAUUGUGACUGGUCUUAAUCGUAAACGUACUGUCACUGAUGUUUUUCCAUCACCAGUACCAGCAAUUGCCAAUACUCCAACAAUGAUUGAGUCUGCUAUUCCAGCAGCUAAUCGAGAAUCACCUUCUCCAGUAGCUGAAGUACAGGAGCCUGAUACUGAAAGAUUCAGCAAGAGAUCAAGGAAGCAAAGUUGCCCAAAGAAAGUCAUAACAGUGGCAGAAUCAGAAUCUAAUGAAGAGUCUACCUCUAGCACACCCCGCCGCAGAGUACCUCUCAAAGUGAAAAGGAAGGGUCUGGCCAAUCACCCAGGCUUUGCAAAUCGCCAGUGCCGUCGGUGUCCUCGUCGUCCAAUCUUUUCAUCUAGGGCUCGACUACAGUUGCACAUGAGAUGGACCCACGGUCGACGCGGUAUAAGUCAUCGUAACCUUGCUCACAAAGCUGCCUCUGCCCAAGUGAAAUCAGCAGUCCACUAGUUAAACCUAGUUUGAUUUUAAUUCAGUUGGUACAACGGGUAGAAAUUUGUUGGAAACAACUCUUGCAAUGUUUUCCUUGAAACAUUUAGCUACCUAUGUUAGGUGGUUAUGAUUACGAUAGCGUAUGUAAGGAUGUACUAAUCAUCUGGUAAUAUAGUAACCUUAUAUUGCCACUGUCAGUGUGGUUCAUUUACAUACUUGCAAAAUAUGUAUAUAUUGACUGAAACUAUAACGCUAAUCCUAUUUUUCUAGGAUUAAUAUUAAUUUAUUAUUUGACCUUUUCCUUAAUUUUUCCAAGCAGUUGUAUGCAAUCACUCCUUAUCCUUCCAUUUACAAUUCCAUUAUCUUGUCCUAAGAUACAAUUCCAUUUGGUAUGUCCUAACGUUAGAGAUGUGGAGAUUCUGAGUACAAUUAUUAGUUUACUGAAUCAGGCGUGUUUAUCUCUUAGAUAAGAAUGAUGACAAUACCUCUGUCAAACUGCGAGAAGUGGCUGUAUGUUUACAAAAGUAAUUGAUGUUAAAAGCUCAAUUCAACCCUUUUAUGAGUGUGUGUGUAAGUGGGUAUGUUUUGAUACAAAGGAAUACUUCGAUUAAGAAUAGGAUCUAAUUGGAUCGCAAGAAAUCCUGGAAUCCCACCAGGGGGUGUAAAUAAUGGAUAUUUUGUUACACCUUUUGUAGGUUAUAAACAUUUGGUUGUGGGACUUAGAAUUCUAACCCCUCUCGAAAGGGCAACUUCAAAGGUUGUGGACUGGGUUGUGAACGUGUGGAUUGCCAACCUGCUGCAUGACACUUAAAAAGAGGACCGUAAGAGAGAAAGAGAGGGAUGAAUGAUGAGGAAGAAAAUAGUCCUUCCUCCUCAUUUCUAGGGACCCUUUGAGACGGAUGCCUGAUUGUACGUUCAUGAUUUAGUUUGAAGAAGAAGCAAUGGCUCAGGCAGUACUUUAAAUUUAUUUGCUUUUUUUUUCUUUUGAUCUUUCUUAGAAUCAUUUUGUAGAUGUGUAUGAGUAAAAAUUAAAGUGGGAAUGAAAAAAAAGGUUAAUACUUUUUUUCUUUUGAAACGUCCCACAGAUAAUAUUUCAAUAGCCGAAGACUGUGCUGGGCCGGCAGGGAUUCAUUUUUAGGGAAUUGUUGGGACGUCUGUGAAGGAACAGACUAACUGGGAACAAGGAGAGGAACCAAACGGUUCUCACAGUUGGAUGUACGUAGACUCUCUCUCUCUCUCUCUCUCUCGAAGGGAGGUAGGGAGGGCGAGGACCGUUUUUUGGGGGUGAGCGUUUCUCAAGUCCAAAUCAGACCAAAGAUUUUGUUGAUAAUAAUAUUCUAGGACUGUGAAUCUGUUUUUUCGUGACUUUGUCGCCUUCCGUUGUUAAUUAUAAUUAUUAUGAUUAUUGUUACGUUGCAACCCGAUGGAUUUCUGUGAUUCUUAUUGUUACUAUGUAAUAUGGAAUGUCUAAAUGAUUUCCCUUUAAUAUUGUGGGUCAGGUUUGACUAUAGCCUUCGUAAUCUACUAUUUUAUUUCCUGACUACUCAACCUUGACCCCAGACUCAAGUUUCUUCUUUUGGGGGACUUGCAACCAGGGAUUGUGAUUUUUAUUUUGUGAUUUAUUAAAAAAAAAGCAGUUGUAGACUUGGCCCUCUAGUCAGACUGUUGCCAAAGUACUGAUAUAUACAAAGCCAAUUAACUAUUUAUACGCUGAACUGUGUAAUAACUACUACUCUUGACCAAAUGUGUUUGGUGCUAACAAGCAGUGUUUCACUGUAGCCAUAAAUUCUUUCGAUUAAGUCUGUCUGUUUGUCUGUCUGUGAAUUUGAGACCAUGGGCUUUUGGAAUAAUCCCGCUCGAUACACACAGCAACCCAUUUUCUAAUCUGAUUCUGAAAAUCAAAAUAACCUGUUAUCCUGAAACGUGUGUCAAUUAUUUUCCAAACAAGAAAAAAAAUAUGCUCAAAACCCCACACACACACAGGUGUUGUGCCUACAAUAAUAGCCUCUUUGUUAACCUUGUAAAUAGCAUUUCUCCGUUUUUGUGACAUUUGUGGAUUCCUCAGUCAGAAAAACACAACUCAGGAGUCUAGUUGUGAAGAAACAGUUUUAAAAAGAUUUUUUUUUUUGGACCACACGCCGCAAAAAGCGACGAAAGCGACAGAAAAGAAGAAGAGGGUUCUCCUAAACGACUAUUUUUCGCCUGGACAAUUCUGAGCUUCCGGUACAGUUCAUCAGGAUUACUGCAAGUGCGCGACAUUUUGGCCAAACACUUGAAACCCUCGUCUUUCUUCUGUCUCUCCGUUCGCCGUUGCGAAUAAAAUCUCAGUGAUGCAGACAAUGGUACCUGGAGUCACCUUGUAGCCUAUUUAUUGUAAAGGAUAUUACAAACAGGUGUCUUGGAAGGAUAUGUGAGGGUGUCGUCGAGGUAUUUUCAAUGUGAACUCCAUUCCCACUGGUAAAGAGGGGACUGAUGUCAACCAUUUUGAUCUGUCAACAGAAUGUCAUGGUAGAGUAAUACCCUUUUUCUAAAAAUAAAACACACAAGUCACGAAGUGCAUUUCCUUCACAGACAAAUGUCUUUUGUAGUAACUUAACUCGAUUUAAUGCUCACCGUUAAACAGGAGUUUUAGCAGCAUCGAACUUACAAUAAUAUAUAAAAAGGAAAAAGCAAUUUCUUUUUUUACGUGUGUGUGCGUGUGUGCGUGAGUGUGUCUUCUAAUCACAGUCGUAAAGUCCUUGACCUUAUCCUUUUACUGUACAAGUCAUUCAUGAAAACAAGAAAAUCCUUCGAGCCCCUUCCAUUAUUUAUAGUUGGUACAGAAAAGAUGGAGUCUCGUGGAAAUCCAAACAGACUUCUUUUUUUUUUUUUUUUUUUUUUUUUUUUUUUUUUUUUUUUUUUUUUUUUUUUUGAGAUGGUUGCAACUGUCCUGGCCGUCAAAUUGAACAUGAUGACGAUGACGGCAAAAAAUUUCAUUUAAAUAAAAAAAAGAAUAUUUUGGUGACUAAUCAGGGUAAAACUCUGCAAUUCCAACAUGAUGUAGAUAGUUUACUUUUUUUUCUUUUUGGAGGGUAGGGGGAUGAGGAGCCGUGAGACUCCAAGACUCCCUAACGCGACCUUGUGUCCCCUCGUAUUAAAAGAGGCUUCGUUUAGUCAAUAAAACAUAAGAAAGUCUGUUCAAUGGACUGAUUCAAUGAGCUGUGAAAUACUGACGAUUCUUCCAAGGCGUUUGUCUCAUUUUUUUCCUUUAUUCUACUCUUCUGUAUCAAACGUGUAUGAUAUAUUUCCACUGUAUUCCAAAGUUCAAUUUUUAUAGAGCUGUCACCAUGUUUUUUUUUUUUCUCGCGUAGGUAGAAAAUGUAGAACUGUUUCAUCUGUUUUUUCCCGGGACUGUCUUGUAUUUUUACGACUAAAUGGAGUCUCCGAGGCGGUUAUCCAAUUAUAACCUGUUUCUGUCUUGACUUGUUUAUACACCGACCAUUCCCUAAUGCCUUCAAUUACCUCUUACUAGUAAUGUACUUUUUCAUACCAAUAAAGGAAAUUAUGAUAUUAAAAA